AUGGCACAUAGAUUACCAUUUACUAAAUUAUUACAUCAUCCUACAAGAAAUUUAUUAAUUCUCGUAUUUGGUUCACAUUUUCAUGCAUUAGACACAAGCACAGGUGCAUUGAUAUCAACAACUCGAUCAUUAGUUUCCACUUCUUCCUCCGAUAAUGAUAAUACCAAAACAUUCGUUAGCAACAUCGAACUUGAUUCAAUACAGCCAAAGUAUACGAUUCCUUCUAGUGACACUCAUCAAGUUACAAUAAGAACAUUAGCAUUUCAUGAGCGAAAGGAUUCUAAUAUAUCAUCCUCUUUGAACCCAUCGGCAUUAUUGGCUACAAGUGACGAGAAUAAAAUAUUAAAAGUCUGGGACUGCGAUAAAUGGAAAUUGAGAAGUACAAGACCCGUGCCAAAACGUGUUAUGGCUAUCUCUUUUAAUAAAGAUGGAUCACAAAUUGUGACCGCAGAUAAGUUUGGUGAUGUAUAUUGUUACCCGUUAGAUCCGCCUGAAGAAAAACAAAAUGUUUCAACUCUGCUAUUAGGACAUGUAUCAAUGGUCACUGAUAUGACCAUAACACCAAAUAAUAGAUAUGUUAUCACGUGUGAUCGCGAUGAACAUAUACGUAUAAGUAGAUUUCCAAAAGGAUAUAACAUUGAAUCUUAUUGUCUUGGCCAUAACCAGUUCGUAUCUAAAAUACAUAUAUUGCCAUGGGCAAAGGAUUUGUUGGUAUCAGCUGGUGGUGAUGAUUUUAUAGCAUUGUGGGAUUAUGUUCCCGGAAGAUUAUUACAAACCGUUAAUAUUAAAGAAAUUAUUGGUGAUAAGAAAAGUGAUGAUAAUAAAGAAGCAAUGGAUGAAGAUUCAUUAGAAAUUGCCGUUACAUCCAUUACAAGUAGCCCAAUAUCACAUCAUAUAGCUCUAACGAUUGAAAAAUUUCCUGGAAUUGUAAUAUUUAAUUGGAAUGAAAAAGAAAAGAGACUUCAAUAUCUCCAAACAUUAACUUUAUCAAUUGAUCCAUUAGAUUUAGCUUAUGACAUUGGUGGUAAUCUAUGGGUUUCGAAGUUUAUAAAGGAAGAACAAAAUAGAAGUUUAAUAACAGUAUUUAAGAAAAGUGGAAGUGAGUAUGAGGAAGUUUCAGAAGAUCAUCCAUUAAUUAAACAGAUUAAUAAAUAUGGAACGAUGACAGUUGAAAACCUUCCUGAUCUAUAUACUACAAACCAAUUACGUAAAAAUCCAGUUGAUUGGAAGGAACAAAAAAACGAACGAGAUGUUUUACAAAGUGAAGGCGAGAAUUAUGCAGAUACAA